CAUCUGUUCAGUCCUCACCUUUCACCGUCUGAUGUUUUGCUGAGAGUCGAGGGACGCAUUUGAUCCGAAUUGGGAGACCAGUCAUUAGUUCUACUAGCAGCAGCCGUUUUCUACUGAAUCAUACUUCAGUGCCAAAAGAUGAGUCGUGGAUAUUCUGAAAACAAUAAUUUCCCAUAUGACAAUAAUCAAAUGGUUUUGGACAUGAUCCUCUGUUCUUUAAUUGGAGUCCCUCAGCCUAUCAACUGGGACAGCGUGGCAAGGCUGGUGCCAGGCUAUUCAUCCAAAGAAUGCGCAAAAAGGUUUGAGGAACUGAAAAGCAGUGGAAAUUCUCCAGUUGAUAAUCAUUAUAAUCCACUAAUGGCCAGUGGUGGAAGCCCUGUGGAAACACUAGCCACGUAUAUAAAAACCUCGCUUCUUGAUGCCCAGGGAGAGUUACAGGAGCCUCCUAAUGAACAAGAUGCCAUUUCUCUGAAUGGAAGGCCAAGUGUAGCUUCCUCAAGGAAUUGCUCUUCAGAAAGUGAGAAAUGCCCUGCACAUAAAGGUCGAGAAAAUGCUGAUGAAACACAAGGGCCAAAUAUGGUGAUCCAUGUGUGUGAUGAAGCAAAAAAUCUGAAGGAAGAUUUUGUUUGCCCACGCGAUCUUUUGAUUUCUGAAAUGAAGUACUUUGCUGAAUAUCUGUCAGUGGAUGCCCAGCGCUGGGAAGAGGUGGACAUUUCUGUUCACUGUGACGUUCACAUCUUUAACUGGUUGAUAAGAUAUGUUAAAAGGAACACUAAGGAGUAUGAAGUGCAUGAAAUACCUGCCUUAGAGCCAAGCAAUGUCAUUUCAAUUCUCAUUUCCUCAGAAUUCCUGAAGAUGGAUUCCUUAGUGGAAAAAUGUAUUCACUAUUGCCACAAAAAUAUGAGUGCUAUUGUAGCCACACCAUGCAACAUGAACUGUAUCAAUGCUAAUCUCCUGACACGCAUAGCCGAUCUCUUUACGCAUAGUGAAGUGGAGGAGGUGAAAGACAAGAGAGAUAAAUUUAAGAGCAAACUUUUUUGCAAGAAGAUAGAAAGGUUGUUUGAUCCUGACUACCAGAACCCGGAUUCUCGGGGCAAUGCAGCAACACUAUAUAGGUGCUGUUUGUGUAAGAAACUUCUGACUAAGGAAACUGAAAGAAGAAUCCCAUGUAUUCCUGGAAAGAUCAAUGUGGAUCAGCAUGGAAAUAUUAUCUAUGUUCACAUAAGAGAUAAAUCUUGGGAAGUCCAUGAAUACUUGUUGAGUCUUUUUGAAGAAUUAAAAUCUUGGCGAGAUGUAUACUGGCGUCUUUGGGGAACUAUCAAUUGGCUAACCUGUUCAAGAUGUAAUCAAACAUUCCUAUGUACUGAAUUCUCACAUUGCCAGUAUCACACUCAGCCAGUCCUCUACCCGGGCAUUGCAAGUGCUCUUGGUUCUCCUGGCAUUGGAGUCUAUUCCUGCUGUAACCAAAAGGUUCUUAGAUUUGAUCCUGCUCCUCUUCCAAAAGGGUGCAAAGUGAGGGAUCAUGUGAUUGGAGUGCCUGCAGGAGGCGAAGGCGGGGAUGCUGUGCCCUAUCAGACUGCUAAGAUCCUGCAUGACCUGUGUCAACACAGAAAUGUCAUAGUUGUGCCUUUUGAAAAAGAUCAAAAUAGUGAUUCUGGAAUUGGGCUGUGUGACGAGAAGAGUAUUGAAUGUGAUGUGCUUUUGGAGCCAAAUUCACCGUGGGGUCCCAAAACAGGAGAAAUUAAUGCUUUCCUUUCUUUGAAAAACUGGACUCUCCAGCUGAAACAGCAGUUGCUGCUCUCGGAAGAUGAUGAGUAUACAACUGGGUCUGAGGUCACGGAGGAUGAAGUAGGCGAUGAAGAAGAAGUAUAUAAGAAACCAGGAAGAAAAGAGAGGCCAAAGAAGUUCAUCAAACAGCCAAAGAAACAAGGGUCUUCUCCUAGUGUCCAAAAGAAGGAAAAGGUAUUGGAGAAGUCUAACUCUCGAGAUGCGUCUCCUUUUGUUGUGAGCAUGCAGCAGAGUAAAUGGGAUUCUUCCAGAUCAUUGAGGUACAAUCAAGAUGCUCAAAGAGAAGAAGAUCAACGGAGAAUGGCCGAGAUCACAGGACACCUAAUAAAAAUGAGGCUGGGAGAACUUGACCGAGCAAAAUCAAAAGAGAACAAAGAAUCUGCCGCUGGAAUUUAUGCAAGGCUUGAAGCUCAGAUCAGGGCAACAGCACAAGUCAACAGUCGCCAGAACAUCCCAGAAAAAAAUAUAAGGACUAAAACCCGCUUUGCCCAAGGCCGCCCAACGUAAAACACAAACUUGCUCCAGAACAGAAGCCAAAGCACUUUUCUGCCUCCUCAAACUGCAGUGGACUCCAGCUCCUGGGGACCCAUCUUCCUGAAGCUUUUUAAAGUUACUCAUUUAUUACUGUAUGCCAUUUACAUUUAUUAUGGUUUUAAUGGAUGAAUGAAGAUUUUCUUGUAUGCUUAAGGUGUAAGUACACCAUUUCUUGUUUGAAACAAAGUGCAUUUUUUUUGCUAAGCAAUGGUGCAUUUCUAGACCUUGCAAAAUGACUUUAUUGAAGAGGAGCAGGGAGUGGGUAUUAAGGGUGGUGAGUUUCAUAUUCACAUGGUGCUUCUGAGUUUUGAGCCAAGGAUCUGCUAUUUAUCUGUAUUUGAAUAUGUAUUGAAGGGCUAUCAAUGAUCUGGCUGUGCUGGAACUCUAUUUAAAUCAAUGCCUGUGCUACCUGGUUAAAGUUUACACUGAGUUGAAUGGCUAGGUUUCUCCAAAUCUGCUUUUUUUCUCAUUCUGGGCAUGUAUCCUACGCUAUAAGUAACUUCCUUACCACUCUCUGCUGUAUUUUCCUUGAGACUUGAUUUAUUUUUGUAGUAAGCCAUGCCCACUGCACGAUGCAGUGCUGUUGUCACUACACCCACACACUGGGAGCCAUGCUAGAAAUACUUCCAAAUGCAGACUUCUGACAUCUGUAGUGUCUAAAACAAGAAUCUUUAUGGAAAAGGAGCUGCAUGAUCCAAGUCCAUAGGCUGUGUUACAGAGCCCCCUACUGGUCUUGCUGCAAGGAACCAUAUGGGCUAAAUUUAGGUGAAAUGUACAUGUAUUUUAUGCUCUUCCAACCAUUGAAAAAUGGCUUGUAGAACAUCUUUUUGUUGCUCAAGGUGGUAAAUAGAACCAGUUAAGAUGUAUUCCGUAUUUACAGUUAAAACAAAUUAGCUUAGGUAGCAGAAACCAGAUUGGCAUGCCUAGUUGGCUACAGCCUCAAAAUCUGCCACAAUAAAACUGCCUUGCAGCUCCCCCCACCCCACCCUUUACACAUCCCUGAAAAGGGAUGUGAUCCUGACCCUGCUGUGCAUACUUACAGUGUAUUAUCAGAAAGUACUACUGGCUGGUGCAUCCUUAACACAUUUAAACACGGAAAUCAAUAUUGGACUUAUCUGUAUGAGCUUCGUCGGAUAUUCCUUAAGUGAGUCACCUUUCCCAGAGAAGUACUGAGUUUUGUUAGGGGUGGUAGGAAAGGCUGUCCAGCUGUGGGAUAUAUCACAGCGUAGACAGUCUUCUAUGAACAACCACCUGCUUGUGAUACAGCCUUUUAAACUGCAUCUCAAAGCAAAUGUUGAAAGAGAAAAGGCAGAGGGGCAGCCCCAACACUUAGCCUGAACUUGUUCAAACUCUGGAAGAUGCUUAUGGACAGUGAGAUCCUGGGAGGGAAGGGAUGCUCUUUUAGCUGUCAGUGAGAAUGAACUAUCAUGGGUAAGGCCAAGGUUCCAUUCUCUAGCGGUAUAGGAAGGUGACCCAAGUGGGGUGCAACAUACCAGUAUGGAUGUUUAUGGUCAGUGCCUAAGAAUGAACUUGCUGACAAACUAGCCUCCUGAACACUUCAUCCAAGAAUGCUUAGGUAUCCAGUGGACUUAUGCCCCACAAAUAAGGAAGAAAUCCUAUAAAUUUCAUAUAGAGGGAUGGUGAUAGGGAUAUGCAGUGACUUCCAAAGGAGGGGAAGGUGCUUGAUUUUGUAAGUGAGGAAGAUGAAGGCUGUUUUAUUUUCAUUACUUUCUGCCCAUUGGGGAAAAGAGACAGCUCACAGCAGAAGACCAUUUGUUGCCUGAGACCUUGGAAAGCUACUGCUAGUCUGAAGGGAUAAUAUUGAGCUGGAUGGACCUAUAGUGUUUCUGGGUAGAAGGUAAUUUCAGAUAUUGAUGAGAGGCGCUGCAGCAUAGAUUUGUGAAUGAAUGUGCCAAACACAAGCAAGAUGCAAGUUGUCCAACUCUGGCAUAUCUCCUUGUGCUACCACAAUGAAAAGUAUGAGAGCACAUAUGAGCAAAAAGUUAUAGUGCAUUUUCAUUGGCGUAAGAAAAAAAUAUGUUUACGGGGCAUUUUACUCAGUCACAAGGAUUGCAGAACUUACAUGCAUACACUUUGCAACUUAAGUAAAAAUCGGCCCUUGACCCUGUAGGUGCAUUAGUCCCAAACUAAUUUCAAGUGUAAGGGAAGAAAAGUGCUGUUACAUACCAAAAUCAUAUUACUCAGUUUGACACAUGCUUUUUUUUAUCAGUACACCUCUCAUGUAGCUGAAAGUCCUAAUCAUUAAUGGGCCUUUCCACACCUAAUGGCUUAUCCUUUGAAUUCUUGUCUCUUUGAAAUAAAUGCCUGAUGAGUAAGUCUUC